GCUGGAAUCUUCUUCCAUUUUGCUGCUCCAGCAAUGGAGUACUCGAAAUUGCCGCCUGACAAAAUGAUGGAUUCAAACAUGAUCUGGCCAUGUCCAAUGAACAAAGAUGACAACCGUUGCCCUGGGCUCAAGUUUCAACUUAGUUUUGGUUUUUGCAUGGCAGCCUUGGGGCUGGAUCAAGUCUUGAAUUUGGCCCAGCAGUAUGGCGCCAGAGAUGCGUUGGAGCCAAGAGCACCAGCCGUAGCAGUCGCCAGGGGGGGGGGUCGCAGACCAGGUGGUGGAGGCCUGGGGCGGCACAACCGAGCCCGAGGUGCGGAGGCUAGACAAAGAGGGGCUCGCUGGGCAAGGAAGCAGAAACAACUUGUUUUGCAGAGCAAAAGCUUCAACAAGACCGGCCAUGCCCGAACAGCAGAUCAUCGGCUACCAAGCCAACAAGACUUGAGUCGGCAGAGUGUGGCAGGCAAAGGGAAAUGGAAGACUUGGACUCCAGAAGCGAUCUUGCGCGCAGGCUUUGGGCAGGAAACUGCAACUUAUAGGCAGAUAGCAAACGAAGUGGAGGGUGCUUCCUCCAGCCAGUCAAGGGCCGCUAGAUUUGCGUGCGCUGCCGCAGUGUGCAAGUCUCAGGCAGAGAGCUGUGAGAAAGUGUUUGCAGAGGCUUCAGAGGAACCCCUCAGAUUCUUCAUUCAAAAUUUGAUGUUUGACGAGUCAACCUUUGACCUGAGAGUCGGCAAGGAUGCCGCCAACAGUUGCCCUGUUCUGUGCUCGCACUCUCAAUGGACAAUGGGCUUUGCCCCCUCUUUGGAAAGCGCCAGGGACGCCGUCCGGGAUGAGCACAUCGUGCGGUCUCCGCAAGUCUUGGCCCCGAUGAAUUCUGCAACUAUGUGGAAGACUUUAUCCUGUCAUCCAGGGAGUAUUGGAGCUUGCGAAGUGGCCGCUGACCAUGUGUGCACCCUUACCACAUGCGAUUCUUAUGCGGCGAACUUAAAAAUGUUGAAGCAUUUGGACACAGUCCUCCCAUCAGACCACUACUUCCUUCCAAUGUUGUGCACUCAGCACCGGAACGGAAACGUUCUGGAGCAGUUGACUCAUUUGCUUGGAAAUCUGGGCCGCUGUUUUUGCGUUUCCCGAGUUUUGAAUUCGAGGCACGCAGUGCAAGCGCUCCGCAAGAGAACGGCCGCAGGCCUGGAACAGCAUCUGGCGGUGCUCCAGGCUGAGCCUGCAGGUGUUCAAACUGAAUGGGAGGAAGCGCGGUCGCUGACCAGGAGUUUCCUGAAGCUCGAAGCCAGUUCGAAAGAGGCGAAGGAGUCCGAGGUGGAGAUUGCAGAGCCUGCUGCUGAUGAACUUCCACCUGGUUAUUCUCGCCUCUUGGGCUUCUUCAAUGGCCCUUGGAGAAGAAUUGUGAGAAAGAGCAUCAUGGUCAUGGCAGGCCAACUUGCGAGAAAAUUGAUUUUGCCAUGGCAGCAGUAUCCUUGGUGUUUAUGGCCGCUGGCCUUGAAAGACGCAAGCCAAGAAGACCGCAGGUCAUGUGCUAAAGCUUUACUCAGCAGUAAGCCUUGCUGUCUGGACAGCGGUUUUUCACAGCGGCUCAAGCGCAUACACCGCACAGAAGAAGAACUCUUGAACUCGCAGCUCCAAGUCUUUUUGCAAAAAGUUUUCGAACGUGUUGUGCCAACAUCAACUUUCAUUGAGCGGCGGUUCGCCCAGUUUGCCCAUUGGAGCGACCAGCAGCCCAAGCUUGGCACUUUGGCAGCCAAGCACGUGACUAGUUUCUGCAAGGGCGCUGCCCAGGCUUGGAAGCAAAACCACCCGCAGCACCAGAAGCGAAAGCAUUUGUCUCGUCCUGGCUGGGUAGAACAAAAGCAAGGAAGCCGAACCACAGGAUACAAUGUAUUUCUGUCUGAGUUCAGGAAGAACGAUUCAGCGCAGCAAGUGGCCGGAGAUGAAGGGAGGCAAACCUUUGUUCAAGAGGCUACAGCUGCUUGGAGAAGACUUUCUCCCGGAGAGAAAGCGCCUUACAGUUUCAAGGCGCGUGGGCUGAACAGUCUGCGCAGCAGAAGCUCCCAGAUGUCAGACAACGAGGCUGGCCCUGAAGGCCGAGAGACUGGCGGCUUGUGGAACACAUGCCUGCUGCAAGAUAGAUGGCCGCUCCGAGUUGAUCUUUUGGAAGCUGCCAUGGGGGAAGGGAUUGCGGCUUUACGAAAGAUCUCAUCGGCUUGGGAAGAGGAGCAUGCAAUGCUGGUGGAGGCGGAAGAUGAUCUGCCAGAUGUGAGUGAUAACUUGUUUGCUGUGUGCCCGCAUGGUGGAUGUGAUGAGGAGCUGCAGGCAGCGCAGCGUCCAGUCUUUCGGGAAAUCCACGAUGACUUGGUCACUGCUGUCCGGGUGAUUGAGCCUUUGAAGCGGGACUUGUCUGCUCACCCUUUGGUUUUGGAAUGGCACUCAUUGUCAUUGCAGAAGAGAAGGUUUGUUGUGGUCGCUUUUCACAUCCGCAAGCCUCCUUGGGACAUGGUCCUUGUUGAGCUGGAGGAAGCCGGGGACUCUGAAGAGCUUCCUUUUUGCUUGGCAGUGCAGCUGGGCAGGCAAUCCAUUCAUUCUGACAUUGCAUUUUGCCAUGAGCUUGCCCGAGCCGCGUCUGACUGGGUCUUGUUUCGCUUGUCCAUUGGAGAUCUGACCGUGGACUAUGGCAUUUUCCAAGCCGCAGAGCGCAAGGAACUGAGCCGAUCCGAGUUGAGACAAGCUGCUGCUGAAAUGAAGCAAGUUAUGCUCGCAGCAAAAGCAGCCAAGCUUGCCCAAGGUUUGACCGCAAAUAAAAAAAGGAAAAGCAGAAACUCCAACAAACGAAAAAGCAAAGGCAAGCGGUCGCAGACCCUGGCUCCAGAUGUUUCGGACAUGGAGUGGAAUGCUGCCUCUGAAAGCGGGGGCUCCGCUUCUGACUUUGGGGCAGACACCGGCAGUGUUGCAGCGCCUGCUUCUUCGUCCGCUGGACCGGCUCGCAGGGGCUCAGCUUCAGACUUUGCGGCAGACACCAGCAGUGUUGCAGAAACAGUGUCUUGCAAGAAAGCUAUGAACCGUGGGUCGCUGACCGAUGCGGAAUGCGUCUUGCGUUUGAAGAGGUGGCUCUUGGCAGGCCAUUCAGACCAGAACUGGCCAGUUCACAGGCGACGGUCGCACCAUGUAGAGCUGGGUGGCGAAGGUCUGCAAGAUUUCGCACAGGGAAUGUCUGAGGAAGCUAUGGAUGCUUUGGAGCUGGAGCGCAAAGCAGAGCCGGACGCUGGUUCCUGUGAAAAAGUGCGCUGGCUGCAGGGUUUUGAACCUUGGACUGCCUGCUUGGUGUCAGCGCUGGCGGUGUUUUGCUCUGCUGUGGAUGACCUAGUCUCCCAAGCAGCUUCCAGUGUUGGGCCCGUGGUGCUGGCUACUUUGGCAGUGUGUUUUACCCUGAGUAAGGCUUGUGUGUGCUGCCUUUGCAAUGCCAAAAGCACUGACCCUUCUCCCUUGGUGGGAGGAGAGGAAGAUGACCAGUAUGGAGGCCGCCGGCCCUGGAACAAGUACCGUAAAGUGCGCCACCCUGGGUCGGACGAGCAGGUCAAAGUCCCAGAAGGGAAACUGUGCAUGAUUUGCUUCAGCACCUUCAGAGCGCUGGGUCUGAACUACAAGUAUCCAUCGUAUGGUGCGUACUACAAAGAGAUCGUCAAUGACAACAGCAAGCAUACCAGCUUCAUAAACUCUAUGAAAGAAUGGAUUAAGCAAAGAAAUGAGGAUCCCACUGGGCGAAUGGACAGGGAAGCAGUGAAGAAGGCCCACACCACUCUGCACAGUGAGACCAAGACUGGUGUCAAACUCAAGGGUCCCAAGAGGGAGUUCGUACUCCUGGAACAUUGGGACCCCAAGCUGGACGGUGAGCUGGACGAAGCACACAUAGUGGAAGAAACUUGGCAAGGGAAGAAGGUGAAAGGAAUCUGGAAGGCCAAAGGGCGUGCCGGUGUGCUGGAAGCUUCCCAGUAUGAAGACACCAGUUUGGCUGAGCGCACUGAGGAGCACAGUGGAUCCGGCCCGUUCGCUCAGCAAGCUUUAGUGACCAAAAAAACUGCGUUGCAGAAGGUGUUUGCGGAUGCCGACGAAGAGAGGCAAAAGCACACAGUGGCCGCAGGCCCUGCAUCACAGGCAGGCGAUGUUCUGGCAACUUUGCAGAAAAUGCUGCCAAACUUGAAACUUGCUGGUGGUGGGCAGGCCCUGAGCGCAGACCCAGAAGCAGAUGAGGCUAGCCCUUCUGCACUUGUUGACUUGCACAAGGACGAGGACGAACAUGAAGCAGGAGAAGAGGAGGAGGUUUGCAGCUCGUUGGCGCACUUCGGCCAUGCCGGGCGAGCGGCGCGUGCUGCGAGCGCGGCCCAGCUUGGCCCAGCCUGGGUCAUUGCUGCCUUGAACCAACUCUUUGAGCAGGAGGGGGCUGUUGACUUCAAACUUGAGCACGUGUUCUCUUGCGAGUUGUCAGCAGAGAAACGGAAAUGGAUCCACGCUUCCUCCAUGCUCGCUGAGCCUGCUUGUGCAAGACUGGCUGCAAGGGUGAGUGGCCAUGAUGACGAUGAACUGCCCGCGGUUGAUUGGGAAGAAGUGCUUCGGGCCGCAGAUGCCCCGUGCAUUUUUUGCAAUAUCACCGACAUGGGCGCUGCCCAGGCAGAGUGCUGGGAGCACGGUCCUGGAAAGUGCCAUGUGAGAAGCGUGGACCUACUGGUCGUUGGCACCAGUUGCAAAGACAUGUCUCGAGCCAAUCCCGGUAGUGUCAGACAAGAGGUGGUGCUCAACGCGACAGAGUCUCGAGGCGGCAGCGCCCAAACUUUCAAAGGGCUGCUGUCGUACUUGGAAAGACACCGGCCUUUGAUGAUUCUUUUCGAGAACGUCGACGCGAUGGAAGAUGUGAAGGCCGCUGGCCAGUCCAACAUGGACGUGUUCUGGAGCCAGAUGGCUGCCCACGGGUACGAGGGCCAGUCUGUCUUGACAGACAGCAGCGAGUUUGGUCUACCUGCCCGCCGCCGGCGGCUGUACGUCUUCCUGGUGCGAGUGCAAGGGAAUCCUUUGCUGUCGUUUCAGGGAAGAGCAAAAUCGAAGCGAGAAGCCCGCCCCAACAGGGGAUUGGCCAGAUCAGCAUAUGAAGCUGGCGCAAGCUUUGUGCUUGAGAUGGGGCCAGGGGGCGCCGCCCGAGCUUGGUUUCAAACGUUGACGGCCAGAGGGCAGGAUGCGCUUCCACUCCUGCAAGCCCAGAUGCCUGCAGAAAAGAGCGUGAUGCGAGAUUUGUCUCAGAGCAUUUUCCGAGCAAAUGCCAACACUUGGAAAACUGAUGCCCAGAAGCAUUUGGCACCCACCAUGCUUCCCAAGAUGAAUGUGUGGAUUGAGCCCGUGGGGCAUAAUGUGAAGAAAGCUCGAAUGUUGCUUGGCCGCGAGGCCCUGCUGUAUCAAGGCUUUCCGGUUCUGUUGUUCUUGGAGACAUUGCAAAAGAUGCAGCAGGACAUUGAGGCCGCUGGCCGGGCCAAGCCGAUUAUUGGCGAUGAGCUUCUGAGGAAUACUGGCGGCAAUAAGAGGCCAAAAUGGAGCAGUGACAAGCCAGAGCCUCGGGGCAGAGACCUGUUGGUUAGCUGGAAGCCGACCGAAGCGUUGCUGCAAGAUUUGGCUGGCAAUGCCAUGGCUCUGCCAGUGGUGAUGACGAUGCUGCAGUGUGCUUUUGCGUCUGUCAGUUGGCGCCCCAAGGACCUUGUCGGAACCGCGGCCGCAGCGCCAGUCCCGACCCAAGAGGCCUGGGAAGGGGAUGUUGCCGCUGCGCUGGCCGCAGUCCAGGGCCUCCACUCAGAAGAUUCGGUCGCCGACCAGGUGUCAAAACCCGCUGCCGUGAGUGCUGGAGUAGCAGUCUUGAAGCGCAAACUCAGAGAGCGCAA